CGAUAUUCCCAAACUACGUGAAACUUUUGGAACAUUAAUAAAUCUACUCCAAAGAGAAGAAUUUGACGAAGACAUGAAAUCAGAAUUAAAGUGUAUUUUCCCUAAUUAUCUCAAUAUGCUUGAGGAAAGAAUUUGUGAUCUGGACAGAGAAGACAAUGGAAUUGUUGUAGCAGGAGAGACAAGCUCUGGAAAAUCAACUCUGAUAAACACACUCAAUGGAGAAAAUAUACUGAAGUCUAGAACAACAGAAAAUACUUCAACUAUUUGUAGAAUCUGGAAUUCAGAAAAUAUUGGAUUUAAAGUCUACAACGAAAAAUACGAAUGCAUCCACUCCAAACUGGAUUACACAAGAGAACAGUUUUCUGAAUUUCGAAAGGAAGUUCAAAAUUUUACAGAUGUGGGAAGCAUGCCGAAAGACUGCUCCUUUGUGGAUAUCUUGUAUCCAGUUUCUCUAUUAAAGGGGAAAACAAUUUUAGUAGAUACUCCCGGAGUUGGAGGAACUAAACAUCUGGCCGAGUUAAUGAUGAAGUACUUACAAAACGCAGUGGCCUUCGUCUUUGUUGUAAAUGCAUCCAAUGCCGGUGGAUUACAGGAUGAUAGGCUUCCUAUCAUAUUGCGGGAAAUUCUAUGCUAUCAUUCAGCCAAUAAAAUGCCAUGCUUUGACCCAUGUGACGUCAUUUUUGUAACAAAUAAAUGGGACGUCAUCUACUCUUCCUGUGAGGAGGACAGCGAUGAAGAGGAUGUAACUCUUACAUGGGAAAAAGUCAAGACAUCAAUCAGGAAGCACUGGGGAUCCGUGAAAGAUGACCAAAUUUUUCAAAUCUCACUGAAGAAAAUGAAAGAAACUGGGGAAUCCAAGUAUAAAUCGGAGUAUGGAAGAUUUAAAGACAAGUUACAAGAAAUAAUAGACCGAAAUUAUAUCUGUAGGAAACAGAAACAUAUAAGGUUUUUGACAAGAAUUCUACGAGUAAUAGAAAGAGGAAUAUGUGGAAGGCUACAAGCCUCCGAAUCUUCAGAGGAUGAAUUUAAAACAAAGGUUGACAAACUCUACAGCACUGUGGUGGAUCUUGUAAAUAAAAAGAAGCAGUUGGAAAAGGAACUACAUGUCAAAAUAAAUUCAACAAUUUCGAAACUUUGUGCUGACCUUAUGGAGUAUGUUCGGUCUAAAGAAGGCAGAGAAGAAAUUUUAAACCCUCCACACAAAAAAGACAUCAAAGAAAUAAGUGUUUUUGUACUACAAAGAAAAGUGAAAGACAGAUACUGUGCGUUUCUUGGGAACUGGCGCCAAGGUCCCAAAGUUAUAUCUGCUUUUGGAGAUUUAGAGCGAGAAAUUAAAGAAGCAUUUACUUCUCUAAGGGGAAAGAUCAAACAGGUCGAAAACGAUCUGAUGGAGGAAGAGAAUUCCUCAUUAUUCCCAGACUUGGUUCAGACAACUGUAUGGUUCAAAGUGGAUGGCAUAGCGGGGAUACUGUCUGCUAUUGCUGGAAUAGUACUACCUUCACUCUUCUCGGCAGAUUUUCGAGCCUUGAAGUCAGAUGAGAAAAAAAUGGUAAUUAUAGAAAAGUCUUAUGAAGAGUGCACUAAAAUUUAUGAUGAAGAAACAACAAAAAACGACUUGAAUGUGAUCUAUGGAAACCAUUACAGAGAUGUUAUCGAUACAAUGCUUAAUAUGACAAUAGGAAAUGAUAUCAAAAGUUUGUAUUAUACUUUUGAAAGACUGCAUAUGGAUGAGAAGAGGUUUGAAUACAAAGCUAAAUAUGAAAGAUACAAAGUUUUCCAUGAAGCCUUGAAAGAUCUAAAACACAAAAUUGAAGAAGCAGACGAUAACCUUGUUCAGGAUUCCAAUAAUUCAUCUUCAACUGAGUGAAGACGGUUACUUUACUUAGAAUCAUUGACAAUUCCAUUGUACAAACAAGAAGAAAUAGAAGAACUCUAUCAUUAUAAUUGAUGUUUGAUAACAUCUGUUAUAUUCCUCAUGGCCGUUGGAACUGGAAAGGGGAUAACUCAAGGGAUAGAUUAGCAUGACUACUUUAUGCUUGGUCGUGCCCCUCCCCCAAACUGAAGAUGUUUAGUUGUGUCUCCAACUAAAACUGUGUCCUAUAUAGCUACGGGCCUGUACCGUGCAGUAUUCCCACUGAAAUGGUACUAGUAAACAUGUUAGAUAACUGUGAGGAAUUUUUACCCCUUAUUUCAUCUCAAAGGUGGUGUAUAAGGUGAUUCAGUGUCCCAAAGAAUAUGAGUACUAUCUUUUUACCAUAAGUUCAUAUCUCUUAACUUUCUGUCUUCUAGUUUCUUCCAUUCUAUAUAUUUUUAAAACAUGUGU